GCCUCCGUCGCCGGCUCCACGCGCACCGGCGACUAUGCCACUCGCGUGCCGCGCGCACUCGUGUUGUGGUGCUUUAUGAUGGUACGGCAUGAGAGUGCAAGAUAUGCGGACGUUCCGUGAUCUCCGCGCUGCCGACCUCGCAACCGCCACCGCCACAAGUGGGCGGAGAGACGUGACGCGUCCUCGGCUGCUCAGAUAGAAAGAGCGCUCAGCUCGUCCGCGAAGUGGGCCGCAGCGCGUGGUGAUGGAGUUGGUAAUACUGAAAGCUCGGGCCCAACUGAAUCGUCUCGUGUCGUCGUCGGGUGGUGGUCGGCGCGCGGCCAGCGCAGAGCGCGAGGCGAGCGCGGGGGGCGGCGGGGGCGGGGGCGCGCGGGCGGGGCGCGAGCGCACCAUGGCGCCCGCCGCGCCCGCGCCGGCGUCGUCCGCGCCCUGGCUCAACGCCACGCUCGCGUUCAACGCCACGCGGCUCAAUGUCACCUUCGACACCGACUACGAGCUCCUCAACGCAAGCUCCACGGAUGAACACGACAACCACUGGUUCUGCGCGAAGUGGACCAGCGCUCAGCAAGACCUAUUUCAGGCGGCGAACCUGUGCUUCGCGAUCGCGUUCCUGGCGCCGAAGAGCUUCAAGCAGAGCAUCCUGGUGCUGCGCGCGCUGGCGGCGGCGGGCGCCGUGCUCAUGGCCAUGUGGGCGGGCGCCGAGGUCUGCGCGCCCGACGUGCUGGCCUGGAGCCUCGCGCUCGUCCUCGUCAAUUCUAUACACACCGUCUUCUUAAUUAUAAGGUUUCUUCCACCAGCGUUAUCGCUGGAACUGACUGAACUGUACCUGAAGCUGUUCAAGCCGCUGAAGGUGAACAAGAAGCACUUCCAGGAGUUGACGCGGGAGGCGCGGGUGGUGAGGCUGGAGCCGGGAGAGGCGUACGCGGUGGAGGAGGUCACGCCCGCUGAUGAGAGACUGUCCAUACUUUUAAAGGGAAAGAUGCGCGUGAGCUGCGACGAGACACACCUGCACUUCAUACAGCCGUAUCAGUUUGUAGACUCGCCCGAGUGGGAGGCGAACCGAGAGCAGUCAGACGACGUCUUCCAGGUGACGGUGGUGGCCGAGGAGGUGUGCACGUGCGUGUGCUGGCCGCGCAUGCGCCUGGAGCGCGUGCUGCGCCACCGGCCGGCGCUCAAGGUCGUGCUCGACUGCCUCAUAGGUAAGGAUAUAACCCACAAGCUGUACUCUGUGAGCGAGGGCCUGGGCGCGGGCGCGGGCAGCGAGCGCGAGGGCACUCCUGCGCACCUCACGCGCUCGGCCAGCGUCGACGCGGUGCACGAGGGCGCGCGCGGCAAGCUGCGCAGUCUCGCCUGGCGCUCGCGCACCUCCACCAAUAAAGGGAGCUCGUACUGGCAACCAAUGGUAGCACGGCAAUUCCUACGGAAGUCGCCGUUCGGCCGCAGCGUGACGCAGCCGCGGCUGUUGCCGCAGGCGUCGUCGGCCAGCCUGCAGCCCAGCGAGCCGGCGGGCGGCGGGGCGCGGCGCCGGAGCCCGCCGCGGCGCUCCACGUCGUUCCGGCGCGGCCGCGAGGUCAAGUUCGCGGAGGCGCCGCCGCUAGCGGAGCCCGCGCCGGCGGUGUGA